AGAACGGAACAGAGCCGACUCCCGACAGCGAAAAAUACAUGUUGCGCCGAAGACCAAAGUUUUAUUGUUAUUUCAGGUUCUGAUUGGCACGGACGCACCUGCUGGGCAUGUUGCAUGCCUCUAAAAUUGUCUGAAGAUGGAUUUGGCUUUCUUGAAGCAAAGUCUCCAGAUCCGUGCUGGUUUUGUUGUGCUUCAGUGUGCGUGCAACCACCUGCUGCCGGACCAUGAGUCAGACGCCUUUGUGGCGCCGGUGGCACCUGUAGGGGAGCGGAAGCCCCUGGAUGGAACCAUCACCACUCUAUUUGGUGGUCUGCACCGCUGGGAUGCUCAGUACUUCCUGCACGUGGCUCAGCAUGGCUACACCCACGAGAACACGCUGGCCUUCUUGCCGGGUCUCCCGCUGCUGGCCAGCGGCGGUGCUGCGCCUCUGGUCGCCAGCGGCCUGCUCUCGCCGCCGGCUGCGCUGCUGGCCGCCGCCGUGCUGCUCAACACGCUGCUGGCCGCGCUUGCCGCGCAGGCGCUGCUGGCGCUGUCGGCGCGCGUGCUGCGCGACCGGGCGCAGGCGCGGACGGCGGCGCUGCUGUUCUGCUGGUCGCCGGCGUCCGUGUUCCUGGCGGCGCCGUACUCGGAGGCCCUGUUCGCGUGCCUCAGCUUCACCGGCAUGCUCCUGUGCGAGACGGACCGGCUGUGGGGCGCCGCCGCCGCCUUCGGAUUCGCCGCCGUUACCAGAUCCAAUGGAACGCUGCUGGUGGGAUUUUUGGUCUACAGUCUAUUGAGUAAGCAGACUACGAUGAUGUUCCCAAGCACCACCAAAGAAAAUGUCGCCAAGGUCCCUCUCCCAGUGACGCUGCUGUACGCUCUGUGGCGGCUCGGCCAGGCGGCCGCCCUCUCGCUGCUGACGCUGGCCGCCUUCGCCGUGUACCAGCUGUACGCGUUUGUGCUCUUCUGCACGCCGGGCGCGCCGCCGGUGGCACCGCACGUACAGCGCUUCGUCCGCGAGCGCCGCCUGGUGGCGCCCGGCGAUAUGAGCUCGCCGUGGUGCAACCGCACGCUGCCCAUGUCGUACGGCUACGUCCAGGAUCACUAUUGGGACGUUGGAUUCCUUCGGUACUACACUCUGCGCCAGCUGCCCAACUUCCUGCUGGCCGCGCCAACUGUGGUGCUGAUAAUGCACGGUGCUGUCACCUACCUAAGGCGGUGGACACUGUCAGUACUCGGUCGUGCCAAAGGUGGCGCUGUCGUCAACCCGCUGCUGCUUCCGUACGUGCUGCACGCGGUGGCACUCGCCGGCUUCAUGGUCACGUGCGCUCACGUGCAGGUCACGACGCGCGUGCUGGCCUCCAGCUCUCCGGCGCUGUACUGCAGACUUCACGUAUCUGCUGGCGGCUCAGGCUCGGCGCUCCGCUGGCUGGCCGACCCGCCGAGUCGAGCCGGCACUGGUGUGCAGUUCUACUUCCUGGCAUACGCCGUCAUCGGCACUUGCCUGUUCUCCAACAACCUGCCGUGGACGUGAGCCGACCGGACCACGUGGUCCGCUCUACCAGCGGUCACGGCCCGGCGCGCCGAGCAUACCGGUCCGG